CGCGGCCUCCCGCCGGCCCCUGCCGCUUUCCCAGGAGCCGGGCCGCCGACACCGCUCAUUGAUGGUGUAGCGGAUUAGGGGAAGCAUUUUUGAAACAUUGGGGUUGUUGGAGUGGUUAGAUUUUCCCUGGAAUUGAGUAAGAAAUUCAGAAGACUGAAGCCCAGGCUUACUGUCUACCUUUCACGGAGGCCUAGCCGUGAGAGGACAGAAGAAGGCACGUGGAGAAUCAUGACAGCUGACAAAGACAAAGACAAAGACAAAGAUAAGGACAAAGACAAGGACCGGGACCGAGAUCGGGAUCGAGAGAGAGAAAAAAGAGACAAAGCAAGAGAGAGUGAGAAUUCAAGGCCGCGCAGGAGCUGUACCUUGGAAGGAGGAGCCAAAAAUUACGCUGAGAGUGAUCACAGUGAGGAUGAGGACAAUGACAACAAUAGUGCCACCACGGAAGAGUCCACGAAGAAGAACAAGAAGAAACCACCGAAGAAAAGAUCCCGUUAUGAAAGGACAGACACUGGGGAGAUAACAUCCUAUAUCACUGAGGAUGAUGUUGUCUACAGACCAGGAGACUGUGUGUAUAUCGAGAGUCGGAGGCCAAACACACCAUAUUUCAUCUGUAGCAUUCAAGACUUCAAACUGGUCCACAACUCCCAGGCCUGUUGCAGAUCUCCAACUCCUGCUUUGUGUGAACCCCCAGCAUGCUCUCUGCCGGUGGCAUCACAGCCACCACAGCAUCUUUCUGAAGCCGGGAGAGGGCCUGUAGGGGUAAGGAGAAUCCCGUUUUUAAAAGCUAUCAAGUGGCACUUAAGAGAGGCAGUUGUGCCAGUUUCUAUCUUUCAAUAUCUGAUACCUAGCAGAUACUCAGUAAAUACUGCAGGAAAAGAACUUGUCAUUACAGAUCCAGUUAUUAAGAACCGAGAGCUCUUCAUUUCUGACUAUGUUGACACAUACCACGCUGGCUGUUUGAGAGGGAAGUGUAACAUCUCUCAUUUUUCUGACAUAUUUGCUGCUAGAGAGUUUAAAGCCCGAGUGGACUCAUUUUUCUACAUAUUAGGCUACAACCCUGAGACAAGGAGGCUGAACAGUACUCAGGGGGAAAUUCGUGUUGGUCCUAGCCAUCAGGCCAAACUUCCAGAUUUGCAACCAUUUCCUUCUCCAGAUGGUGAUUCUGUGACUCAACAUGAGGAACUGGUCUGGAUGCCUGGAGUUAAUGACUGUGACCUUCUUAUGUACUUGAGGGCAGCAAGGAGCAUGGCGGCCUUUGCAGGGAUGUGUGAUGGAGGCUCCACAGAGGAUGGCUGUGUUGCAGCAUCUCGGGAUGACACCACUCUUAAUGCACUUAACACACUACAUGAAAGCGGUUAUGAUGCUGGCAAAGCCUUGCAGCGCCUGGUAAAGAAGCCUGUGCCCAAGUUGAUUGAAAAAUGCUGGACCGAGGACGAAGUGAAACGCUUCGUUAAGGGACUCAGGCAGUACGGCAAGAACUUCUUCAGAAUUAGAAAGGAGCUGCUUCCCAAUAAGGAAACAAAACAAAAUCUCUGGAAACGGGCUGUUCACAGACCAAGCCAAGGAUCCCUGAAUUUUAAGGUGAAAAAUUGCAAGGUGAAAUCAUUGCUCUGGUAUUUGCUGUCAAUUUUCCAAAGCUGAAUUGGAUUUGUAGCUUUUCCCCUUCCUUGAUCCCACGCACCCCAAAGCAGUGCUGCUCACGUCCCGAUGGACAAAGGAGCAGUUCUACUCCAGCCUGCUGCCUGCCUGGUCAUUGUAACAAGCUAGUCCAGUCUGAGUAGGUUAGUUGAGCAUGUCAUUGUGUUGACUUCUGGGAAGCUGGAGAGUAGGUCAGAACAUACAGAAUGCAAUUAUAGCCAACCUCAGGCUAAACUCAGAUCCUUAGGUAUCCUUGCUACUUUUGCAUUAGCUGCAGCUUUUUAAUGAUAUGAGAUGACCUUCCUUCAUGUGCAUGAUGUUUGCCCAUGGCUUUACCUGUGUGCUCUACAGAAAAAAUAAAACAAUAAAAACAGAAUUGUUUCUGGCUAUGGGAAACUGAUUUCAGUUCUUAGGUGAGGAUGGCAACGAAUAAAUGUCAUAGUUCUGCUAACUCAUUUUCCAUCCCUAAAACAUUAUAAGGCGUUUUAGCUUGUUUGGGGCACCCCAAAUAACAUUUCUUUGGCUUUUUGUUCACCCAUUUUUCCCCCUAGUCCAGCCUUCUUCCCCACCCCACCCCUCAACCUGCACUCAAAGCAAGAAUCAUUUUUAUAGCACGCAUAACCUUUAAACCAAAAAGAAAGUAUAUUGCUUAUAACAAAAUGAAUCUCUCUCCUUUUGAAAAGUCCUCCCUGUUGUUUAAUGUGAAGGAUAUUCGUGUGCUGAAAGCCUCUUGUAAGUAAGUAUUCGCACAUCCCAGAGGAACUUUUGAUUUAUUUCCUUAACUCUGCCCUCUUUCUCUGUGGUUCAGAAACCUUUAAUGAUCUGUGAAGCCUGGAGACUUCAGUGCAAAACAGUAGUGGUUUUAAGAACCCCUCCCACCAUAUAAAAGCCCUGCGGUUUCUACAUGCUGGGGUUUUGACUCCUUGAAUAGCUGACCUCUCACAAAUUUUUGUUGUACAGCAGGGCAUCCUGGGUUGGAGCCUUGAUAAUGCUUUUGUGAAAUAUUUUUUUCCCUCCCUUUGAAAAGUUGUGAUGAAAAUUCCAGGCUCCCAGCCAGCCUAUGGGAUGUGAUACAGUAGAAAUGUUUCUGGUGCCCUUGUUACUGUUUGGCUUUGAUUAGGUUUGUUUAAUUUUGUUCUCCCCAGACCCCCCUGCUUUUCAUGGCUAAUUAGGUUGACUUAGUAGAGGCUAAGCAUUUGUUAUGAAAGCAGCUGCAGCCCAAUAGAUCCACUGUGCCAGGCUUGGUGGCAGAGGAGCAAGGGAAACAUUUUCUCUGUGCGUUUGCUUUUCUUCCUCCCAGGGCUACCUUUUGCUUUUAAUGCUAAAGGUGACAAGCUUUGUGGAAACUGUGUUGUGCUACCUCUCCUCAAGGUGUUCCAGGAAGCCAUUGUACAACUUGUCUUGAAAUUUUGUUGCCCAAGUUAAAAAUCAUGGUAGACUGACCUCUGGGGCUCCUGCCAAGUGGAAGGAGGGGUCUCAAAAAGCAGCAAGUCAGCAAAAGUGGCAUUCCUUCAAUCUUCCUUUGGUUCUCCAUCUCAAAAGAAGGACAACCAUACUGCUUUAACCUCAUUUAUAGUUCUUUUUAUUCUUGCAAUUGAGAACCCCUUACAUCAUUUCACCAAUCCUCCUAGCAUGCCUGUGAGGGUGCUGAUAUUAUUGCACAUGCUACAGGUGAAAAAUUUAAGGUAUAGUGACACCAGAUUUGGUGUAUGCAUAGACCAUCCAGAUCAGGGUGGGGUAUGCCUUGCCCCUGCUCUGUGGUAAGUGCUUAAGUUUACAGAAAUGUUUAACUUUUCAUAGAAGGAACGUGAGAUUUUGUUACUGCACAAGUUCAUAAUCCCAGUAGGAUUCCUUGGCCAACAUACAGUGAUGAAGUACAACUAUGUGUAAUCCCUUUGUGUCCUAGGGCUUUAAAGAUGCCAGCUAGGAACCUUGCAAAGGGCACUGUGAUUGAAGUUUCUGUUUGAUCCGUGUCCCAGAGUCUGUUCAGUCUCUUUCUCUUGGGAAAAAUGUGGCCCUUCUUCCUUCUAGGUUAGGUCUUGGGAGCCUGUCACAAUUUGGUCACAUAGGGCUGGGGGUCAGGGUGGCUAAUGUGGUAGAGCACUUACCCAGCAAACACAAAGGACCUUACCCUUAGUAUUCAUCAGCUUCUAGCCAGAGUUACUAAUGCCUUUUUUGAGGCAAGUUUUUUAAAAACUUGUGGAAAGGAGGGGUUCUGGAGGACACCUAUGGCAAGGUUCUUUUCUCCCACUUGUAGGAGAAGCUUGCCUGAGCUCAAAAUUUGUUCUAAAAUGCUGUGUGCAUGUUUCUUAAGAGUCUGUUUGGACCAAUUAUUCUCAGUUGCACUUUCUCACACUGACAUAGAAACAUCAAGUUUGACUGUCCCAUGCACAAGUCACUCAGUUCAAAAUUAUCCAGAUGUGAAACAACAUUUGCAAGAAUAGUAUGGAAGAUUCCUAUAUGUUCUUUACCCAGCUCCCCUAAAUACUAACAUUUUAUCACAGUUCCGUAACUCCUUUUUUGUGGUGUCUGUGAAUAGGGGAAUAUUUUCCACCUGGAUCAUUUGAGGGCAGGUUGAGAUUUUUUACACUUUUAUCUCUAAAUGUAAUCUCAGCAUGGAUAGUUUUUCCUUAUCAUUAUUUUUUUGGGGGAUGGGGAGCGGUCUGAGAUUUGAACUCCUGCUCACAAAGCAGGUGUUCUACCACUUGAACAU